AUGAGUGUUCCCAAUUCAGAUAACCCAUGUGGCUACAUGCCCUUCUCGCACUAUGAUUGGCAUGAUAUUUCCUGUAACUUCGACGGUUACGGCCAUCAUGUACCGUGGAACCCCACGUUCUUCUGCCUGUACGCUGCGGCGACAGCAGUCGCUGCCCAGCUAGCGAUACAGCUUAUGGGACGAACGUUCCUCCGUUUCAAGCGUAGGAAUACGUUGUAUUUCUGGUCUCUUUUGCUUGUGGCAAUAGGAAUCUUGAUAUACAUCAUGGCGCUCCUAUUCCGGAUAUUCAUCCUCCCAGUCAAGAGCCCAGCCUUCUCAGUGCCCUACACCUUCGCCCAGAUCUUCAUCUUGACUGGCUUCGGACUCGUCCUGUACUCCCGUCUCCAUCUCAUCACCAACAACCCCUGGUUCCUCCGCUCUCUCCUCAUCAUGGUCAUCGUCAUAGCCUUCCUCGGCCACACGAUGUCCUUCGUCCAACUCGCCAUCAUCUCCCUCAACAAAACCCUCCUCUCCCGCCAAAUCAUGCACGCCAUCUCCUGGCUCGACGUCAUUUUCACCCUCCAGGACCUCCUCCUCUCCGUCUCGUACAUCUACCUAUACUGGAAGCACAUGAAGGACACCGCCGAGUUCUCCAGCGACGCCGCCCGUGCCCGCGACGCCACGACCUUCAAGCUCCUCAUCGGCGCCAACAGCCUCGUCAUCACCCUCGACGUCAUCCAGAACGUCCUCCUAUGCCUCAAGUUCUACCUCGCGCGCUACAUGUGGUUCCCGCUCAUCUGCGCCAUCAGGCUCGAGGUCGAGUUCUUCGUGCUGAACCGCCUCGUCAAAAACACGGAGGAGGCGACGCACGCGCUCGAGGACGCGAGGUUCAACCUCGGCGGCGUGUCCGUCGUGAGCAAGGGUGGUCCUGAGGCGGACGUCGAGAUCAACUUGAACGAGUUGGGUGGUAGCUCUGGGGACUCGAGCGAUGGUCUUGACAUCCAGAAGGCGCCGGAGCGGAGGAAGGAUAGCAGCAGGUCGGAGCCGGAUUAUAACUCUAAGGGGGGCUUCAUUACGCAGGCUUGUUGA